UCAUUUCUUCAUCUUCUUCUCUUUAUUAUUACCCUUUUUGUUGUUUUGAUCAAAACCUCUACAAAUAUAUAUAUUUUUAUAUGUAUAUGUAUAGAGAAAGAAAAAUGAAGGAAAUGGUGGUGGGUUCAUCAUCAGAAGUAGAUGUAGAAGAAGGUGACACAAGAUAUAGAAAGAUAUUUGUAGGAGGGUUGGCUUGGGCAACUCAAACAGACUCCAUGAAAGCCUAUUUUGAUCAGUUUGGUCACAUUGUUGAAGCUGUUGUUAUUUCUGAUAAACACACUCAAAGAUCCAAAGGCUAUGGCUUUGUGACAUUUAAGGAUCCAAAUUCAGCUAUAAAAGCUUGUGAGAAUCCUUACCCUGUCAUUGAUGGAAGAAGAGCUAAUUGUAACCUUGCUGCCUUUGGUCCUCAUCAUCAUCACAAAAAUCCUACAAACAAUGCUCAACGCGGGUUAUGGAAGGUGAAAUCAUCAACAAUGGGUGUGGCAAGACCAGCUUCUAAUUCUUUAGGUGUCUCAACAUAUAACUGCCAACCUUAUGCAUACCCUUAUGGAGCUUAUGGGUACCCAAAUUACCAGCAAGACAUUUAUACACUGAAUUAUUAUUACAACAAUGCUAGUUAUGGUGUUAGUGGGCAAUUACAAGAUUUUCCAGCUCAAUAUGUAAUAGGGUCCCCUAAUGAACUCUACUUCACUUGGUACCAAAAUCAUCUUCAAUAUCCAUUGUUACCAUUCUCAACAAUCAAUCCCAAAACCACCCAAGGAGCAACAACAACAGUAAAUGCUGCUUCACCAUUGCUUGGAACUACAUCUCAUUCUCAACACACUUGAUUUGCUUAUAUAUAAAUAUGUAAAAGGGUUCAUGGCAAGAAUGAAAACCAACUCAAAAGAACACAAUGUAUUAAGUUUUGUGGGGUAUUAGAGUUAUAUCUAUCUAUAUUUUUAUAUAGCAAA